CCAAUGGGAAGAGCGCCCUUCGCGUUCCUCGCCCCCUUUCCUCCCAGGGAGGCGAGGCCAAGAGCAGGAGCCGGCGGAUACUGUACCGAGAAGCGGAGCGGCUGGGCUUGCGGGGACGCGAGCGAGCGAGGGAGGAAACAGCGCCUGCAGGCGCGGUCGCGUCCCUAGAAGGCGGGCGAACGCCGGGCAAGGAGAGAGGGGGCGGCGGUCCCUCCCGCUGCAAAGCGUGGCGGCCCUUUAAAAAGGAGCCGGGCGGGAACAACGAAGCCCGGAGGCGCGGGAAAAGGCAUCAUCAUCAUCAUCAUCAUGGGCUGUAGCCCGCGGCUGAGGGCGACCCCGGCCCUCCUGCUGCUCCCGGCGUUGCUGCUCAGGAGCUCUUCGGAAAAGCUGGGAGAUGGAUGUGGACCUAUGGCUAUCUAUGAAGACAGUGGAACUCUGGCAUCCAAGAACUAUCCCGGGACUUACCCCAAUUACACCAUCUGUGAAAAAAAGAUUAAAGUGCCUCAGGGAAAACGGCUGAUAUUAAAAAUUGGAGACUUGGAUAUUGAAUCCCAGCGAUGUGAAUCUAAUUAUCUUAGCAUUCAUAGUUCUGCAACUGUCCAUGGGCCAUAUUGUGGCAAUGUGCCUGUCCCAGAAGAAAUCAUCUUAGAUUCUAAUGAAGCAACUAUUCACUUUGAGAGCAGGUCACACGUGUCUGGAAGGGGUUUUCUACUAUCCUUUGCCAGUAGUGAUCAUCCAGAUUUAAUCACAUGUCUGGAGAGAGCAAACCACUAUGUGGAGAAAGAAUACAGCAGGUACUGUCCAGCUGGCUGCAGAAACAUAGCAGGUGAUAUUUCUGGGAAUAUAGUGGAAGGCUACAGAGACACCUCCUUAUUGUGCAAAUCUGCCAUACAUGCUGGAAUAAUUGCAGAUGAGUUGGGUGGACGGAUUAAUGUGGUUCAACUGAAAGGAAUCAGACGUUAUCAAGGAAUCCUUGCCAAUGGCAUUUUAUCUCAAGAUGGUUCUCUGUCAGAUAAGCGGUUUAUUUUUAAUUCAAAUGGUUGCAAUAAAUCGCUGAACCUGGAAGGAGGAGAUGCUUCUAAUUCUCAGAUCACUGCAUCUUCAUUCUGGGAUGAAACCAAUGAAAUUGGGGAGACGGUGCAGUGGUCGCCUGAUAAGGCUUGGCUCAAAGUUCAAGGGCCGUCCUGGGCAGCGAAUCAGAGUAACCAUCGGCAAUGGCUGGAAAUUGACUUGGGAGAAAGAACAAAAAUAACAGGAAUUAGAACUACAGGGUCCACUAUGCUCAAUUUUAACUAUUAUGUUAAGACAUUUAUUGUGAACUACAAAAACAAUAACUCAAAAUGGAGGACCUACAAAGGAAUCCUAAGCAAUGAAGAAAAGAUAUUCAGAGCCAAUUCCAACCAUGGAGACAUAGUGCGGAAUAAUUUCAUUCCCCCUAUAGUUGCCCGGUAUGUGAAGAUUAUUCCACAGAGUUGGCACAAAAGAAUAGCUCUAAAGGUGGAACUUCUUGGUUGUCAUAUUGUACAAAUUAACAAAUCCCUUUUUCAUCCACUCUGGCAAAGACCAAGUCAGAGCACGGGUGUUUCAAUUGGAAAAGACGACAGAACAAUUACUGAAUCCAUACCUUCAAGAGAAAACAACUUAGGAUUGAAACUUACUGCCAUAAUUGUUCCAGUAAUGGUGGUGCUUUUGCUGUUCCUGAUAUCUGGAAUUUGUAUCUUUGCUGCCCUGCGAAAGAGAGGAAAGAAUGGAGUUGCAUACGGGUCUUGCGGCACUGAAAAACCAGGUCUCUGGAAACAAAUCAAGCAACCCUUUGUCAGACAUCAGUCUACUGAAUUCACCAUCAGUUAUAACAAUGAAAAGGAUACACCGCAGAAAUUAGACCUGGUCACUAGAGAGAUGGCAGAUUAUCAGCAGCCUCUCAUGAUAGGAACGGGGACAGUAACCCGGAAGGGAUCCACAUUCAGACCAGUGGACACAGAGGAUGAAAAGAAAGAUAGCUCAGAGAUGGGGAAUCAUUACCAUUGUCCUCAGAGGGUAAAUUAUGCACUGCCUUUGACCAAUCAAGAGCCUGAAUAUGCCACUCCCAUUGUGGAGCGACAUACAGGAAGAGAAAAUGCUUUUUCUUCUGAGAACUGCUACAACAUUCCCACCGUUUCUUCUGUUCAUAAAUAUUCCGUUUCACUUGGCAAUUUCACUGCCUUGUGCAAGACGGAUGCUGAGAGUGGAAACUAUCAAACACCCCAAAGUCAGAAGGAAUACGAUAAGCCAAAGAAUAAUAUCCUGCCUAUGGUGGACUGUAGCACUGGCUAUCAGAAGCCCCAGGCCAGUUCACUGACAAGUGAAGGAUACUCAACUCCAAGAUACUGCCUGAAACCCAUUAAUCAGACGGCUGUGACAGCUCUCCUAUAACUGAGAAACCAAGUUUAAAAUGUGGUGCUGCCUCCUCUUCUACUCACUUUUUGGUAAAGUGCACAUGACUCUUUGCCAUUCUUGGUGGAGUGGACCUGAGUGAAUGCUGUCCAUGUCUCUCUCUCUGCACCGUGACAGGCCUUUGCAGUGAGAGGUCUGCAAGCAGUUCGUUCUCUGCAGCUACAAUACUGGUGCUCUAUUCUAAUGUGCAAUGUGUACAUAUUUUUUUAUAUUUAAGAAAAAUAACUUAAAAUGUUCCUUUAA